GCGUGGAUGCCAAUUGCCUUUUUCUCAAGAACAUCGAGGAUGCGCGGCGCAUCAGGAAGCAGGUCACGCAGAACUUCGAGGCGGCUGACCUUCCUGUCAAAACGGACGAGGAGCGCAGGCGGCUCCUCACCUUCCUGGUGGUUGGGGGUGGUCCUACUGGCUGCGAGUUCUGCGGGGAGCUCUCGGAUUUCGUGAAGAACGAUUUGCGGCGCUUCUACCCUCGCCUGGCUCCACUGGUGCGCAUCAUCCUGCUGCACAGGGGGAAGCAGGUGCUGCCCUCCUUCUCCGGGAAUUUGCAGACUGCGGCCCGGGAGACCUUGGAGAAUCAGGGCAUCGAGGUGAUGACCAGCGCAUCGGUGUCCCAGGUGGAUGCCGAGCAGGUCCACAUCCAGAAGGCGUGGCUUCGUCGGGGUAUGGAUGGCAAGAUGGCCCUACCCUGCGGUCUCACUGUUUGGGCCGCCGGGCAGAUUGGUCAGGACUUGGUCCGGGAGAUGCAUCAAGCCAUCCCAGAACAGCAAGAGCUCGCCCAGUCGGAGGCGAAGGGUAGCGAUCGCCAGCUCUUCGUGGACAAGUGGCUGCGCGCUUGCGGCACGGAUGGCUCCGUGCUGGCGCUCGGGGACUGCGCCCGGAUGGAACAUGAGGAGCCCCUGCCAGAAACGGCCCAAGUGGCUGCGCAGCAGGGCGCCUUCGUGGCAAGGCUGCUGAACAGGCAGUACGACCUGACACAGCCGGUUCCAGUCCUCGAGAGCUCGGAGAAGUUCGAUUUGGCACAUAUCACCAAGCGGCCGGAGGCCUCGCCCUUCCGCUUCCUUGACUUGGGGAGGUUGGCAUACCUGGGGCAGUCGCAGGCGGUGGCGGAGCUAGGGCUGGGCUCCACGCCGGUGUCAGAGACCAAAGGCCUAGCCGCCUUUGUGCUCUGGCGCUCUGUGUACAUCGUCAAGCAGGUGAGUUUCCGAAACCGCGUGCUGGUGCUUUUUGAUUGGAUCAAGAGCCGCCUCUUCGGGCGCGACCUCACGCGCUUCUGA